GAUAUUUCAUUGUGUCCUGUAAACAGACUAACAGAGCAAGCAAGAGAAAGAGAGAAACAAGAAGCCCUAAAUCAGAGCCCAAAUCAACAAUGGCGGACACGCAAGAACAAGCCCCAAACGCCGAGAUUUCGAAGUCCGAGAAGCCAAGCAUCUCCUUCUCCAUCUGGCCCCCUUCUCAACGCACUCGCGACGCCGUCAUCUCCCGCCUCAUUGAAACCCUCUCCUCCCCCUCCGUCCUCUCCAAGCGCUACGGCACGCUCCCCGAGGCGGAGGCCGCCGCCACCGCCAAGAUCAUCGAGGAAGAAGCCUUCGCCGCCGCAUCUAGCUCCGCCGCGUCCGACGACGACGGGAUCGAGAUUCUCCAGGGGUACUCUAAGGAGAUUAGUAAGCGGAUGCUUGAGACUGUUAAGUCUAGAUCUGGUGGGACCGGUGGUGAGAAGGCGAGUGAAGGACACGUGGCGGAGGAGGUGAAAGUUGAGCAGGAUGAGUCGUCGGUGACGGAGAGUAAUUAGGCGUUUUAUUGAUCUAUCAGGUGCUUUCUGUUUGUUUUCAUAAUCGUAAUCGUAAUGAUAUGAUGUUGCUAUGUAUGAGUAUGAGUUGUGUUAUUAGGAUUCUAUGUUUGUUAUUUGUACGUUGAUUAUAAUAUGGAUGAUUGUUGGAAAUGUGAGUUUGCGAUUGUGUGUUUUUGGUAA